AUGCGUGACGUGCGUAGGCGUGAGCGACUUGCUGGACUGAAGCGUGUUUCUAGGCGUGAAAGACUCGCGGGUAAAGCCGUUAUCCGGUCAAAUUUCGAAAACUCGCCGUCAGAGCGUGCCUUACCCACAAGGCUUGCCAACCCAUCCUCGGAGCCAAAAUUACUCAUGGGACGAGGGUCGCCUUGUGACCUUGUCAAAAAUAAGGAAAAACGACAGCAGCCAGUCGGAUUGUUUGAUGAAGCUCGUAUGCACCUCAGAGGCUUGAAGCGCAUGGUGGACUUGCGAGGAGGAAUUACAGACAACAGUAUCCAUCAGUCUUCAAUGCUAGCUGCUAUUCUUACUACUGAUGUGAAGGCUGCGUCGGGGCUUAUGACCCAGCCGGUUUUCCCUUUGGCUCGUGGCCUGCAAACAGUUUCAGCCAGCAUUCAAGAACCUCUUGUUUGCUAA